AUGUCCAAUGACAAUGAUAGUUUCAACUACAGCAACAAUUCAGCUUUUCGUCAUAAUGAAUCAAUUUUUAAUACAGUUAAAUUCUGGUUCUAUCUUGUUUUUCUCAUUCCAUCAAUUAUUUGUUCGAUAUUUUCUCUCUAUUAUCUUUUAUGGAAUCGAACUUUACGUCAUGCUCUUCAUAAUCAUGCGAUUAUUAUUUUUCUUUCUAUUGGUUUAACUUAUGAAGUAACUAUUUAUCCAUGGAUGCUUAAUUAUUAUUACAAACAAGGUUUAUGGAAAAGAACACAUUUAUUUUGUACUGUCUGGAUAUUUAUUGAUUGGGGACUCUAUUAUACACAAACAACACUCUUUGCAUGGGCUACUAUGGAAAGACAUAUUCUUAUCUUUCACGAUAAUAUUGGUUUAUUAAUACGUGUCUAUCGGCAAAAACAUCGAGUUGGUCAAUCAUUAACAUGGCGAAAACAUUGGAAAAUGACAGUUCAAUUGUUAUUUGUCUCAGUCAAUUAUCUUAUAUUUAGUUUACCAUUAACAUUAAUGAGCGUUUUCUAUCUUCUCGGUGUACCACUUUAUGUUACCGCUAAAUUUACACAGUAUGCAUCAUUUUUGUAUUAUUGUACAAUGCUUCUUUUUCCUAGCGUUGCUACUUUAUUUUUACCUCAGUUGAAAGACGAAAGGAAGAACAUGUUACGAUUACGAGGUCGAACAAGAGCUGUUGUACCGAUAAGAUAG